UAAACUCAACACAAUCAUUUGAAGGUACCCAGCCAUGGCAAACUGCUCAGCGCCCGAAAUCGCCGCCGCCUACGAGGACGUCCGUUCCGACAGAUCAACCACAAACUGGCUCCUCCUCGACUACGAAUCCGAGAAAUCAGAUACCCUAGUCCUGACCUCCACCGGCGACGGUGGCCUCGAUGAGUUCAAGUCCAAGAUCACCGAGGACGGGAACAAGGGGAAGGGGAGGGCGAGUUUCGGGUAUGUGAGGGUGACGUAUAAGAAUGAUGAGCAGAGUGAGCGGGUGAAGUUCAUUCUUGUUAUUUGGAUUGGCGAGUCUGUGAAGAUUAUGCGUAAGGCGAGGAUGGGUGUUCAUACCGCCAACGUCAAGGAUGUGUUGCGAUCGUUCUCCAUUGAGGUUCCUGCGCACAACGAGGAUGAUCUGAGAGAGAAGGACAUUGUUGUUCGGUUGAGGAAGGCUGGUGGUGCUUCUUACGAUGGCGUGUAGAGGAGAUGAUAAACCGCAAGAGGACCAUUUAUGGGACAUGUUUUAGGCGCAUAGCGAGAAAGAAUUUGAUACAAGAUGGGAAUUCGAAUAUACCCAGUUUUAACACAUCAC